UAAAAGUAUAAACAACUGUAUAAUAAUUCAUCUGUGCAUCUUGGUGUUUUUUCUAAAUUGGCAUUUUUGCUACACAAACUUUCAUCAAAAAUCUAACAUUUUUUUGUUUAAAACUCUUGCUUCAUCAACAUUUUCUCCAAGAAAAUAAAAAAUAUUUCACCAGCUUUUCUGAAGCCAGCAAUUAUCAAUGGGAGGAUACACUUACUGCUCUUUACGUUUCUUUCUGGAAGCCAGGCCAGCUAGGAGCUAGGCUGGUUCUAAGAAGUGAUGCUGCAGUGAAGCAGAGGAGUGCUCUGAGUAUGACUGUGCUCCCCCUUCAGAAAUUCCAUGUUCAGUCUGAGAAGAAAUCACCUCUGAUUCUUUACUAUUUUCACAUGACUAACAAACUGUUUCCCAACAAUUGCUUUUUUUAGUCUCCCUCCAUUUUCAAAUUAAAUAGCAAGUGCACUGGUGGAAGAAAACUGAUGGGUUGUGAGAUUUUUCAAAUGCAAUUGUAUGUCUUGGGCUAGAGGUGAGAGCUAAACACUGAUUAUGCAGUCCCUCUCCUCCCCUAGUGCUCUGUUUGCAAUCUUUACCCAUUUAAUCUCCUGAGCUCUGUUUGCCUCAGUGGCAAAAACCCUGUAGAAGGCCCUAGGAGGACUCUGUCUUCUCUAACUGGUUUGACAGAGGUGAUCAAGUAAUUAAAACAUUGAUGGAUAUCAGUCAAUGUGGGACAGAUGUCAGUGCUAGGAUCAUGUUAUUUCAGUCCCUGGCACCUCAUAAGGCGUGAGGAGGGCUGCAUCUGACAAUGAGGUAUGUGGAAUCAGGUGGGAGUGAGGCUGAAAAUGUGAACAAAAAAGAUCAAAGGGGAAGCAAGUGCUACACAAUGCAAUGCAGGAGAGAAAUUAUGAAGAGAACAGGAGAUGGAAAGAAGAGAAAUCUAGAAAAGCUGAACAAAGAAAGAGGAAGAAAUAAGGAGAACAAAAAACUAAAUACAGAAAUAGCAAUACUGGAAAAAGCAUGCUUGACAGGGAGUGAAAAGUCAGAGGCAAAAAAAAGAAGGAGAGUUUGAAAGAAUAAGAAUGAAUGAGAAAAAAAUAUAUUGACAAUAUAGGAUGGUAAUGUUAAAAAAAAAAAAAAAAAAAAAGGUAAUAUAAACAACCUGAAUGUAAAUAUAUAGUUUACAUUUUGUAGUCUGAAAGAAUGAUGGAGAGACCAGAACCUCAGCUGAUGGCUAGAUUUUUGAAUCAGAUCAGACUGAUCUAAAUUUAACUGAAUGAACAUUAAAGCAGGAUGCAACAGCGUGGGGGGUGGGUGCUGUAUUUCUUUUAGAAUUAAGAAAACCCAGUAUUCUGAGUCAUUCCAGAACAUGUGGAUCCUGGAAUAACUCAGAUGGUGUUUUUGUUUUCCUUAUCUUUCAAUAUUUUCUUUCCUUAAUUAGUGGUGGCAGAAAACUAACAUGUGGUGAGAUUUGAGAAACCACAAUAACCAUAUUAGCUAAACGAGAGUAGAUUUCCUUUCAGAGCUCUAACAAAUGAACAAAAACUAACUACAUGUGUGGGAGCUUCAUUUGCAUAACAUGCAGAUUUUCAAAUAGUUGUGUUAAAAAGAAAAAACCCUUUCCACUUGUCACAGCGUGAAGGUGAAGCACAAAGUGUCUGCAAGGAAAGCUGUCUGGGCUUUGUAACUGGGUCAGAAGAACAUGUGCUCCAAAGUGUAUUCCUGUUGAGGCUGAUGGUAAAUGUGAUUGAGGCAGCCACAAAACAGUGUAACAGAAUCACACAUCCUCUUUCACCUGAUCUUCAGACAAUUUUCCAAUCUGAAAUCCUUGGGAAAGUAUUUUGAAGUUCUUCUCAACAUAUUUUUCUUUCUGAGGAAUAUACUGCCAAAAUGAAUUUUACAGAGCCUCAUCCCACAGAUUAUCCAUAUUAUUCUGACUAUGCUUCUUUAAUCACACCACCUUGUUCUAAAUUGGAAGUCAGGAACUUCACAAAAGCAUUUCUUCCAGUUGUAUAUUCGUUGAUUUGUAUCAUUGGCCUGGUUGGUAACAUCUUUGUAGUGAUGACCUUUGCUUUAUAUGAAAGAACCAAGUCCAUGACGGAUGUGUACCUCUUCAACAUGGCCAUAGCAGACAUACUGUUUGUUCUCACUCUCCCACUGUGGGCAGUGAAUUAUGCUGCUGACGAAUGGAUUUUUGGCGAUUUCAUUUGCAAAAUGACCAGAGGUAUCUACGCAAUCAACUUCAGCUGUGGCAUGCUGCUUUUGGCCUUUAUCAGCGUGGACCGGUACAUUGCUAUCGUACAGGCAACAAAGUCAUUUAAACUCAGGGCAAGAACGCUUGCAUAUAGUAAACUCAUUUGUUUGGCUGUGUGGGUAUCAUCAAUUUUAAUCUCUAGUUCCUCUUUUCUAUACAGUGAAAGUUACAUCUUCUCCACCAAUGAAACCAAAGAGAUUUGUGACCACAGAUUUGACAGAAUGUCUGAAAGCACAAUGAUGAAAUCACUGCUGCUGUGUAUGCAAGUUGGAUUUGGAUUUUUUAUACCUUUCAUAUUCAUGAUUUUUUGCUAUACAUUCAUUGUCAAAUCCUUACAACAAGCUCAGAAUUCUAAAAGAAACAAAGCAAUCCGUGUGAUCGUAUUAAUUGUAGCUGUUUUCCUAGUUUGCCAGGUACCUUAUAACAUUGUUCUUCUUGUGACAGCCGUAAAUAUGGGCAAGAUAGACAAAUCUUGUGACAAUGACAAGAUAAUGGCCUAUGUGAAAUACACCACUGAAGCCAUAGCAUUUUUACACUGUUGUGUGAACCCUGUGCUCUAUGCAUUUAUUGGAGUGAAGUUCAGAAGUUAUUUUGUGAAGAUAAUGAAGGACCUAUGGUGCAUGAGGUACAAGAAAUACAAUAAACGUAGUUCAAGGACAAACUCUGAUAUGUAUCAUUCGAGACAGACUAGUGAAAUUCUGACUGACAAUGGAUCUUCUUUUACUAUAUAAUACAAUUUUAACAACAUUAUUACUGAAGGACUCUUCUCACCAAGCAACCCAAACCAAUGUCACUGUGCCUGUAACAGCAAGACAUUUGGGCUUCUCUACACCUCUAAGGGAGCUCCCAUGACCUACAGCUCCCUUCAUCAAAGAAUUAAGAUAAAAGAAUAACCCUGUUCUGUGGAAAACUGAAAUCUUACUCACCUCUUUUAACAUUCAUGCUAUUCUAAAGUGCACUUUUUUAGAAUUAUCAGGAUAGCAAAGUUUACAGGGGAACAUUCCUUGAUUUCUAAGGAAAAAUUACAUCUCAUCUGUCCAACAUCACUGAAAUAACCCCAAAGUACUAAGUAAAUGAAUCAGGUUAUGUCCAGGCUCAUACUUACAUUUAUGUUGUUUCUGUUAAUUACUUCUACCUGGAAAUCCUGUCUAAGUGUAGGUCUCCACUGUUCUUUUGUUGCAGACAGGUCACGCUGUGACAGUACUAACAUAAAGAGAUGGCAUUCUGAGCAAAGCGCAGCAAGGAAAGCAAACUGAGAAAUGAAAAAACAGGCUCAAGGCUGCUGACAUAGCUGGGCUUACAUGUUAGGUCCCCUAAAUCUUUGUCCAGUUCUGCAGUCCACUUGCUCAUCAGAAGUUGAUUACACCAAGGCUGAGGCUGGUCAAAGCCAACAGUGACAUGUCUAGUAAAGAGAAUAUUAGAAAAAAAUAAAACUAUUAAUUAAAGAGAACACUGAAAUAUUCACAGAAAGGUUUUCUGAUCUCUUCUGAGGUUAUCUUCUGAACAGAGAAUGGAGGUUUGCCCAAGAGAUUAUUUUCUUCAUUUGGCACAGGAUUCAGGUGCUGGAAUCCAUCAAAGCUGACAAUCUGGUGAAUGUCUCUUUGUGAAAAGUUUUUUCUUUCUAGCUGAAAGUUGCACUCCACUUUUAAAAAGGUGACAAUCUGUACAGAACUGCCAUUAUUCCAACACUUUUUGCUGGAACUUGAUCGGUGACAAAACAAGAUGCAUUUCUUGGUAUUUAGCUACCAUUAGCAAAGUUUCCUUAGGAACGGAUUUACUAGCACAAAUAUGGUUAUAUAAAAUUUAUUUUAUUAGCUUUAGAAAUUAUUAAAGACUAUAUCUAAAAAUAUUACCAGAAUCUGACAUAAUUCAGCCAGAAUUUUUACAGAGUCAGCAUCUAACUCACUGUGAAUAUAGGAAUAUUUUUAAUAAAUGCAAUUAGUUUUACCCAGCCAUGACUCUUCAGCAAAUCCUCAGUGGAUCUUCUGCUCAUUGAGUUAGCCUCACCACACUGUAGCAGUCAUGGUGGGAUGGCAAGGCAGAUGGGAGCAGAGGCUGGAGAGCAAAGGGGCAGAAUGGAGGAGAGGAGCAGCAGCAGCAGCCUGCUGAAGUACUUAUAAGCCCUCUGCUGUUCUGCUGCAAUGGGAGCAUAAGCCAUGAUGGUGUCUGGAUUUGCUGUUGUGUGGGAUGUUACACUCCUACAGCUGUGUAAAUUAAUGCAAUUUGCAGCUUGCUGUUUUGGUUGUUUUUUUUUAAGCUUCAUGGCUGAAGAGACAGUGGAGCUUGGAUCACUAAGUACAUCGUUCAGUGGCAAUGUGAAGCGCCAAGAAGGACAGUGCCGGAGCUGAAGAUCCCUUGAGGAAAAGCAUUGAUAUGGCACGACACGAAACUAGUACUGCCUUGGCUGGUGCAGUCCAUCCUUGUUUACAGUGCAGUGUGAGGCUUUUAAAUAUCAAUGCCAGGUGUGAUAAAGAUCCCAUAUAUUUAUCAUGACUGAAUAGCAAUUUAGGCAAGAAUAUGAUACAAAAUUAUGUAAAUGCAGAUGCAUGCAUUUGCUGUAUAUAGCACCGAUG